AACCAAAAUUGUAAGUUUAUUGCAGUUGCAGGUCUCUAAAACCCUACCCUCUAAAAGAAUCAGAGUUCCAUUGAAAUUGCUUGAAGAAAACUCCAUGGAUGAUACACAAGUUAAAGCUCUAGAAGAGAAGCUGAAGAGUCAGCUAAGUCAGCUUGAACUCGAGCAAGCGGUGUUCGAGAGAAUGGUUUACAAGAAUAAGAACCAGCAUCGGAGAUGCUCUUAUUUUCAAUACCUUCUCAAGGUGAGAAGAGAAUUGAGACUUUUACGAACAGCAAACAUGGAGGGUAUGUUGAGACCUUGCUUUCAUGUUAUAUCUGGGAGAAUAAGUAAACAGAAAAUCCAUGUUUUGGAGAGCUUGAAGUUGAAAAAAUCUGAUACUGGGAAACCAAAUAUCUUGGAACGGCUUCUUGGAGCUCUUCGUUUACUCUCACAGAUGACUGAACCCAUCUUAAAGGCAGCUAGUGGGAUAUCUACUCUACUAGCUCGUUCAUUCUUCAUAGGAUUUUCUGUGACAUUUUUGGCGCUGCUUGCACGUCUCCGAGUAUUGGUCCAACAAAUAUUACUUGACGCUGUUUCAGUUUUCAAUUCGGUGACAUCUACAUCACUGAAGAAACAGUCUGUCAAGAUAGCACAGGACGGGGUUGAGGUUUUCCGCGAGUUCUAUCCAAAGGAAGAAGAGUGUGUCACCUUAUUGGAUUGUGUAUGGAAGACUGAUAAAUAUGUCUUACUCGAGACAUUGCAGAACUCUGAGAAUAGUAAACCUAUGGAAAAAAAUGUCUCAGAAGAUGUUACUACUAGGGACUCUUUGGUACAGUAUCAAACAUCUGUUUCUUCUCUCGCGGAAGAUCUCUCUCCUUUGCUUCGAGCAGACAACAGUGGUGCUACUGUGAGAGAAAGUUCGACUCCCAUUGAUGAAGCAGCUUCGUCCAAGACUAACAUUGGGUUGCAACCAGAGGAUUCAGAAAACCCAGAAGAUGCGACAACUAGGGACUGUUCGGUUCAGUAUGAAACGUUUGUUUCUCCUCUUGGAGAAGAUCUCUCUCCUUUGCUUGAAGCCGACAACAGUGGUGUUACUUUGAGAGAAAGUUCUACUCCCAUUGCCGAAGCAGCUUCUUCCAAGACUAACAAUGCAUCGCAACCAGAAGAUUCAGAAAACCUAGAAGAUACUACAACUAAGGAUUGUUCAAUUCAGUAUCAAACGUUUGUUUCUCCUCUUGGAGAAGAUAUCACACCUUCUCCUCUGCCUGAUGCAGACGAAAACGGAUAUGAUACUGCUACAGAGUCUUUGACUCCCAUUGCUGAAGCAGCCUCUUCCAAGACUAACGAUGAAUCCCAAACAGAAGAUAUGGAAAAAGUAGAAGAUGAAUCUACAAAUCCCGUGAGCUCGGCAAAAAUUAACAGAGACACAGUAAAACCAAGAUUCAGAGCAACCAAGGUAGCGUUUCUACCUGUAAAAAGACCUUCAUCUGCAAUAACGCCAAACACCAUAGAACAACCCCCAUUGAAGAAACAAGAAACUGGCGAGAAAGACAAAAAGGAAGAAGAUGGAUUUUAUAAUCUACUCAUCCGCGGAACACAGAAAGACAGUUUGUUCUAGCAAACACAAACAUUUCAAAACUCAAGAACAUAACUUGUGUUGUUCCUGUGUAUUAAAACCAAGCGGAGUCAAGCCUUUUGAGUCGAGUAGCCAAGGAUCAAAUCACGGAUCUCUUCACUGUUGGCUCUGUCGAUAGCGGUUCUUCCAUCAGCGUCCUUGACCGAAUAAUCAGCACCGGCUUUGAGAAGCUCCUCGAUCUUAGGUCUGUCACCUUCUGUAGCGGCUAACAUCAACAAGAUAUCAACUGGGUGAAUGUUUAGGUUAAGAAGAGCUUCCAUCUUUGAAUAGGUUCCUUCUACUGCAAGCAUACCCAUGUAGUUGAAAUACUGC